UCGAACACCGAACCGUGCGGACGUAUCCGCGUACCGCGUAGAUACACAUCCCAUAGAUACAAGAUACAAUUUCCCUAGCUCGUAGGUGGUGUGUAUUGCAGCAGAAGCGGAGGUUUUCUCUGCUGCGCCGAGCCCUCUGCCGCUGCCCAUUGAUUCCCAAUCCCGUCCGUGUGAGAGCGACGCAUUGAAUUUUAUUGAAAAUUCAAUAAAACAAAGAACAGUGAAAAUCGGUCCGAGGUACGCUAUUCAAAUUACAUCCAGCGAGUUCAAGGCUUUUCCCUUGGAAAACGAAGAACGAAAACUGCAUACAUUUUGGUGUACGAUAUACCUUGAAAAUCGAUGUGAGUGUGUGAAGCGUGAAUCGAAGUGUAUCUGCGAGGGUCCGAGCCCCGCUUGACUCAAUUUAAUUGAUAUUAAAAUAUAGAAAAAGUGCAAGAAAUACAACAUUGUCUAGCUGGGUGAAAAGUAUCUAAACCCCAAUUAUUCGGCAAACGCUCGGUUUAAUUCGAUUGAGGAGCCGAGAGGGGCGAUGCGAGGCUGGGAGUGGAGAGCGACAGACGUAAUCUAAGAGUGCAAACGGUGGUGGAGCUGCUCCCCCAACGACAACAACUACAACAACAAUGCUGAGAAAGCAUCAGAAGCAGAAGUGACUUUGGCUCGGCUCGGCUGUCUCUCAGAGUUUGGCUCUUGCGCAGAAAGCUGCGAACUCUGCGAAUUCGCCACUUCGCCGCCAGCAGUGAGCAGGGAGCUGUGAGCUGUGAGCAGUGAGCAGUGACUGUCUGUUUGGAAACACCUUGCUCCAAUAUUUCCCACCACCCACCACCCCCCGACGCCGACAACGACACCGACACCGACCGAUUAUUGCCCGAUUUUGCGAUUGCGAGUGGCACAAACGGCGAACGGCGAGCAGAUUCAGUCUCAGUUUCGGUUCGUGCGCGUUCUGCUGCCCUGCAGCGGAAAAUUCGAAAAGCCAUCCCAAGAACCUAUGGAGCACCACCAGCACUAGCUCCCAAGAAGCUUCCACAAAGGAAAAAAAAAAAAGAAAAAUAGUGGGCAACAAAGUUUCGAAAUUUUCCAAUGCUGGUAGCUGAAUUUUUAUUUAAAACAACAAGAACUAAAACAAGAAGAACGGGAAUAACCAGGAGUCGACGAAGAAGAAGAACCCUAGUAGCAACUUCAACAUUGUCGCUGUGACACCGACGCCAGCGUUAGCGUCAGCGCCAGCGUUGCUGCAGCGUCGCAGCAUCAUCAGCCAGCUAUGAACUACAACUACAACUACAAAAACAACUGGAGCUCCAGCAGCAGCAACAACAACAACGAAAGCAUAGAACAGGACACGCAGCAACAAAUGCAGGCAGCCGUCAGGACAACGGGCUCUAGCGCCAGCGCCAGCACCAGCACCAGGACCAGCUUCAGCCACACGUCCACAACCAAGACGAGGGCAGGAACAACGUCGUUAAUCUAUUUACCGCCUUUCUGCUAUCCAUGUAAGCAUGUGCCUGCGGCCAGCACUACAAGGAGCAGGAGUCGGAGCAAAAGCAGAAGUCAGGAGGAGAGCUAUAGAGGAGCAGGAAGCAGCUGUUGUUCUCGGCCUGGCUGGGAACACAAAAAUUAUGAUAAACAUGCUUCAGCGGCGACGUUGACACCAGCAACAUCAGCUGCAGUCGCCAAUUCAGGACCUGCAACGGCCACAAUGUCCUCCUCUUCGCGCUCCUCCUCCUCCUCCACUAUGGACGCCUCCGUGUUGGCCUCCAGGGCUGGUGAAUUCCUGCAGCCGGGUAUUCAGUUACCCGUGGCCGCAGCGGGGCAUGCCUGCACCGAUCUCCGGCAGACGUCGCAAUUAGUUAUGCCCAGUGUUGCAGAAGCGGGUGGCGGCGUCUUGGAAUGCGGCAAGCGAUGCUGGCGACGUGAGCGAAUGCGGCGAGGCGAACGACCAAGUCAUGCGUCUGCGGCUUCGCUGGCCCAGGUAAAUCCAAUCAGCACUUUCGCAGCAACAAUAGAGGUGGCAGCAACAACAGCAGCAUCAAGAACAACCGCGCACAACUCGCUAACAACGACAACGACAACUACAGAUACAAAUACAAACAUAACUACAACGGCAAGGGGCACCACUGGCGCAGUCCUGCCGCAAGAUGAGAACAAGGAGUAUGAUGAAUGUAGGUGCUUUAACUAUAACGGUGAUAUUAGUCCGGAGCGACUUUCCGGCAUUACGUGGCUGAUGUUCUUGUGGCAGCAUCUGCUGCUGCUUCUACCGGGCAACAGCAACAGCAAUGGCAACGGCAACGGAAACAACUCCCACUUCGCAAGGAAAACGGCAAGGAGCAACAGCAGCAUGACGUCGACAAAAAGUUGGCUGGGACCGUUGCUAAUGCUCCUGCUGGCCACGUCCGUCAGCGGCUGGGGUCGGCAAGAUGCGCCCACAAAUUGCACGUUUCCGGCCCGAUGGGAGGGCUCCUGGUUCCUGUCCGGCUAUCAGCAAUCCAUACACAUCAAAGGCUCCCAGUUCAGCUAUCGAGGCAGGUGUGCUGCCUCCGAUGGUAACAAAUAUCUGAUUGUCGACGAGAAAGGAUGUCAUCGUUGCCUGGUUAUCUAUGAGAAGCAUAAAAAUGUGCUCCAAUAUAAAGAAAGUGAGUGCGAAGGUGAUAGUAUGUAUAUGCAUCAGUCGAACCCAUCUGCACUGGCGAUGCGUAGCUCUAAUAAACAAAGUGAUCAUAGGGGGGGAGCUCAUCCCAAUACGAACGGGCAUUCAAGACUAUCUUCAUCGGAUCAGUACAUAAUGAGAUCCAAUGACGAUAUGAAUGAUUGUCCCCCAGACUUUUGCAAGGGCCGUGAGACUUUACAGAACCUCUGCGACCAAAUUCCGGGCGAUGCCCUGCUCUACUCGCUUUUCCGGGAGAGCGCCGAGCCGGUCAAGUGUCCGCUCAAGGGCCCCUUCAUCUUUACGUACAAUCGAGGCCACGGGGAGUGCAAGUCGCCGGUGUCCAACAUUGAGAGCUGCACCGAGGAGAGCCGCCUCCUGUUGAGCUUCCAGGCCUGUCCCGAUGUCCAGGGCACCGAGAGUACGGUGGAGGAGCUGACGUGCCUGGCGACCUGGAAGGAUGGCAACUCACGCUAUUUGGUGGGCCUGGUCUCGCACCAUCACGCCAUUUCGAACGAGGAGCGCUACCGCUGUUUUGUCUACGAGAAAAUCUCCUCCCUGAUGGGCGGUCCCAGUAUGCUCAGCUCCAAGGAUGCCGAAUAUAAGCUGGCCCAAUCCGGCGACGCCACUUGCAAUGGCUUAGACAGUGCCGAGGUCGGCUCCCGUAUUAUGUCGCUGCGAAAACCGCCCGUGGCCGAGCGCUGCGACUUUCCGGCCUGGUUCAAGGGUCCGCGUCACUGGCAUGCCCUCAUGGGCAAUGCCGUCUACAAUUAUCAUUCCAACGACGGAUCCGUGCACAUUAUUAAGCCCAACGGCUAUAUGGAGACACGUGCGCUCUGCGAGCAGAUAAAUAAACAGACCUCAACCGAAAUGAUGGCCGUGGUGCACUACACAACCGGGUGCCAAUCGGGAUUCAUGUGCAUGAUGUUCUACCGCCGGGACACGUUCGUCAUCGAGAUUCAGACGGGCAAGCCGGCCAUUCGCCUGGAGGAUGCUUGUGCACCGGAUCACUUUGACAUCAACAAAAUGGCCUACAUCACCUUGUUAGCCAGCAAUCCGGAUUUGGCAAUUUGUCCCAUGGAGGGCAUCUACACUUUGCGAGGCGCCAUCGGGCCGCCGUAUCUGGCGACGCGCCACAAGCGCAAUCACAAUGGGAAAUCGCAUCUGGGCCACGGACACCAUCAUCAUGAGAGCGCCGACUCCGGUGGUUUCGGUCAUAGGGGGCACAGUUCGCUGAGUUUUCGGAAUUUGGAGCGCAGUGAGCGCGGUUCAUGGCAUGGCAAUACCCGAGGACUUCAGGUCCGCAAUCGCCGCAACGCACCCAAGGAUCCGCAGGUAUUGGAGCAUCAUCAUCAGCAACAGCAGCAGCAGCAGCAGGCUUUGGUCCUUCAGAAGGUCAACAGCAGCGACACUAGUGUGGGAUUUGUGGCCACUCGGAAUCGCCGGGAUGUGCCCGCCUGUGUGCCCAAUUACAAUGCUCAGCGCCAGCUUUGGGUGGGCUGUACGGCGGAAAAUCUGAUCGAUGUCAGUCCAGUGUGCAGCGUAGAGGGCGAAGAGGAGUACUCCUGUCAUGGGUCUUGGAGCGAAAACAGCACCUUCUACAUCAUCGCCCGGCACAAGGGCAGCAAGCACGGGGUCUGUCUGACCUACAAGCCGACGGAGGGCACUGCAGCCAAGCUGGUUGUGGGGGAUGCCUGUUACCGUGGAACCCAGAAGCCACCCGAUCAUCACCUCGUUGCCGAACUGUCAGUUUUGGGAAAAUGCGGCGAAACUGGCUUCAGUUCCGGUUCGACUCAUCUGGCCAACUGGCUGCUUUUGAUGGCGAUGACUACUUGGCUAAUCCUGCGAAGCUGAAAUAAAAACUCCCCAUAGGCAAAUAAGCAUGACUGGCCAAAGCGCAGCGUAUACAUCACUAAUUCCCCGAUACCAAUACCAAAUCCAAAUCCCAUUACGAUCGACAUGUAUACAUCAACCAUCUAAGACUUAUUGUAUAUUUCGUGUAGUAUGUUUAAGGCGAAAACGAACCAAUUCGCACUGGUUUGGCUGUAUAUAAUGUAUUGUUUUUUCUUUAUUAAUGAUACACACUUUUGUUUAGUUCUAAGGGCUUUAAAUAAACACAAUUUCGAUGGAUUAAGACAAAGCACAGACACGGAAUAUGGAAAACGGUUUGCAAUACAGCCUUAGAUCAGCGCUAUUUGUAUUUAGGCCUAUUUGACUAGAAACUAUUUAUGCAAAUAUGCAUCAAAAGCUAUUUAUUUAUAGUGCGAUUACAUAUUAAGCAGAGAAACAAGAACAAAACCAAGCAGAGAAAAGACAUCAGUACUAUACGAAUACAAGCUAAAAGCUUUUUCGUUUUGUUUGUUUUUUAAAAUCAUCUUGUAGUGUGUUUAAUGGCAUGUAUUUUGUAUAUCAUUUCCAAAAUGUUUCCUACACAAAGUACAUAUUAUAAGGACACAGGACGAAGAGGGCAUUUUAAACUACAUAUAUACAAAUACUGUAAACGAAAUGUAUUUGGAAAAAAGUCUGUUUUCGCGAUGUCUUCAAAAUGUACAAAACGAGCAAGUUAUGCUAUUGCGAUUACAUUCAAAACAGCAAAUAUAUGGCAUACAUAUACAAUAUAUUUUUAUGUACAAAAAAAGGCAAAAUCGUACAUACAUUCAAUACAUACGAGUAUAUAUAAUGGAUAACGUUUUGCAUAGGAUCGCAUUGGUUUCAUAAUACAUAAUUAAUACCUUGCAAAGUACGCAUAUAUUGUAUGAUUCAUUAUUAAUAGUUAUACAUAUACUGGCAACCAUACAACAUACAACAUACCUAGGAUUGUAAGCAAAAAAAACGUGAGGAAUUCGAGCAAAUUUGAUAAGUAGAACCACACCACUUUCAUAAUCAAUCAACUAACUUCGUAAGAUGCAGAAAAUUAAAAUGAAAUUAACGAGAGGGAAAGAAUUAAUAAGAAUACAUCUCACAACUCAACCAAACGAAUGAAUGACAUACGGUGUCGGAUCAGGAGCUAAGGAUGCUAAAAUAAUUAGUGUGUUUAAGACAAUUAAGCGGUGAUAUAGGUCUAGAAAUAAACAACUGUGUAAGUCUCUUAUGAUAGCACAACAGCAACAGCGACAAAAACAGCAGUUGCUGAAUUAUAGCAGGGUGUGAAUGAGAAUGAGGAAAUAAUGAUGAUCAAGUGUAUCCAAAGGAUUUCAAAAACUAGCAUUUUUCUCUCAUAGUAGUUGAACACAAAGAAGCAAGCAAGUAAGAAAGCAGUUUUGCCCGAAAAAUUCCAAAAUCUUAAUAUCGUUUGUCGAGUAUUGAACCGAUAUACCGAUUUACCCAUUAAUCAGUAGCCGAUUAUGAGAGCGAGAUAUGGUACCCCUUCAAGGCAACUAGUCAAAAUUAUGAUGCGUAACUCUGAGUUCCAUGUAAAUAGCGAAUGUGAAAGCGAAUUGAGCAACAGUACGCGGCGUCUGUAUACAUAUGUAACUAAUUGCUAGUUAGCUAAAGGAUGAAAGGAUUGUGGCAGGAGAAACGAAACGAUGACUUGGUGGGUAGGAUGCGAACGUGCGUACACAGAACAUAAGGGUUACUUUCUAAGUACUAUGUAUACAUUCAGCAAACACUUAUAAAUAUACGAAUUAUAAACGGCAGACACAUCCAAUAGGAAUACACUAGGAAAACGGGCACAGGACCCAUGAAUCCCCGAAACCGGAACCGGAAACGGCAUCGGCCAUGGCAGAAGCUCUCCGUUAAGUGUGGCCAGACAAAUCAGUAAUCUUGAUGUACAAAAUGUACAAUGAUGUAGAGCCGCGUUGUGGAUAGUCGUGCAGAAAAUAACUUGAACAUUUUUUUGAGUGUACCUCUCUCUACAUAAGCAUUUCCAUUUGUUGUCAGCUUUUAAAACGUAAAUAUGAGCAUAUUUAAUAAUAACGAAAGCAUUUUAAAAAACAAGAAAAAAAAACCGAAAGCCACAUAAAUCAAACAAAAAUUAUCGUAUAAUACUUCAAGCCAACCGGGAAAGUUUUCAGUCCCAAUCUCCUGCCUCCAUCAGCCAGCACUGAAAUUCCGUAUGGCUACCGCUUAGCUGGUUUAUUUUGCAAUUGUUAAACUGAGACACUUUACUGACCUCCUCCCUCCACUUCCACUUAAGUUUUAAUUUCUGAAUAACUCAACUCCAUCCUCAAAAACCACAUCCAACUCCAGCCUUAGUUGUCUUCUUGUGUCAUUGUGAAAAUCUUAGCGUGUUAUUGAUGUUCCAAACGGUCUCCACAAAUGUAUUCGAAUGUUUCUAAAAAAUGCUAAAAACAAAAAAAAAAUAAUUUAACAAUAAAAAAGAUAACUAUAUAAUAAAAAAAGGAAAACGAAAACAUAAUAAAUCCAAACCGAACAUAAAUGUGCAAACAUAUUUUUGUAAAUAGACGAAGCAACGCUUGAAUUUUUAUCCAAUUUUUGUGUAUGGCCAAUUGCAGUCGACCGACUUUUGAGCGGUGGGCAGUGGGCGGCCGAGCUCAGCUUGUGGGCGUGGCUGCCUUGCCAGAGUGUGAACGCUAAGCAUUAGAGAUAAGUGACUUUUAUAUUCAAAGCGAUUUUAUAAAUCAUUUUAAUUGUCUAUUUUAAAAUGUGCAGCAAGCUGAAAAAAAUAUGCCGUCAGUUUAGUUUAUGUGUGUGAAGAAAAAUGUAUGCAAUUUUCGUCAAUAAUUGAAUGUUUCAAAUACUAUGUUCUAACCUUGUUUGGAUUUGUUUUUUAAGCUAAUAUAAAUACAAAUACAAACUAAUUAAAAAUA